AUGGAAGGGUUUGACCCUCUUGCCCCGGUUUCCAAGCGAGCUCCACUGGAGACCCGUAUUCGUCGCCUAUGGGCGAGUUUUCGUGGUGAUGGCCCCAUGCCAGAUCUCGGCUUCGCACUUUGGGAGCGUCGAUUUUGGAUCCUCGCCGCCGCUGUUGAAAAGGGGUUUGCGGCUGAAGGAGCGGAACCCAACUGCGACAAGGAUCUCAUCAAGACCAAGACGGCCAGAUUUCGAGUCCUGAUGGAUGGACGGAGUGCUCGGGCAGACCGCCUCCGGAACAUGUACCAACUGCAGUAUUUGAAGUGGAGUCUGGAGUCCGCAUCGACCUCUCAACGCUCACUCAUCUGUCCAGAGAUGAUCAUCGAGCCUUUGUGUUUCUUGGUAUCCGGUGAAGAACUUGCCCCGUGGUGUGCAAACUGGGUGUACCGACCGUUCGAUCACCCGUACAACACCACCUACGUGCCAUGCAAUCGCGAGGCUCGGAUCUUCUGCCCCCGCGGUGUUGAUGCUGCGAUGGCUAAUCAAACCGCUAGGGCGAUCAUUGCCAACCCGUGCUUGCAACCUCCCGAGCUGAUCCCGGACUGGCAAGAUCGCUAUCUCACGGGAGCAGUGUCUGGGGAUUCAACUGCGGCUGUGUCGACAAUAGGCAGCGGUGGCGAUGAUUCAAGUACUCCCGCUCCUCCACCGGCAUCUCCUCCUGAUGGAGAAGAGAAGGAGAGCGGCGGUGACAUGUCUUUGGGCGUACUUGCUGAAGUUGCUCGGCGACUCUCGGCUGAUUGA